UUCACAAAAAAUUAUAUCGGUUCGACGAAGCAAAUGUACAAUGGCUUGCGGACAGAUUUUUAGUUGAGAAUGAGGAAACUCGAGGAGGAGCACUUUCAUGUAUUCAUAAAAUGAAGAUAUGUCUACGAUAUCUAGGUGACCCUGGAUAUCAACACGAUAUUGGUCAGGAACUUGGUGUUAGUCAAGCAACGGUAUCUCGGACGGUGGAUAGAGUUGUGAACAGCAUAGUUGCACAGUCGAACGAAUGGAUCAAGUUUUCAAUUACCAACCAUGAACUGAUAAGGCUAAGCGGAUAUGGCAAAGCAUGAAUCCUGACUCCCUCCAGAAAUCCUACUCCAGGUGCAGAAAUGAAUUAUAAUAAGCUUGUAAAACAAAAAAGAGUUAUAAUUGAACGUUGUUUCGGCCAAAUGAAAUGCCGUUUUCAUAUCCUACAGUAUGUUUGCCGCAUAAAGUUGGAAAAUGUGCCGAAAAUAAUUAUUGCUUGUAUUGUACUCCAUAAUGUUGCGAAGAGCUUGGGUGAUCCUGACUUUGAGUUAGUCGAGCAAGACCCAGAUGAAGAUGAAGGAAAUCAUGAGAAUGACGAACUUCCUCUCCGCCAACUAGGUCAACAAAUUAAUAAGAAGAAACUUGAGUAUUAUAAUAAAUAGUUUUACUGGUUACAGUGUAUUUAUACGUUAUAAUAAGAUUUAUUUUCGUGAACAUCAUAAGUUACAGGUGGC